AUGAAGACUACAGGUUCUCAGAUAAGCUCCCAUGUGCAAGGUGGUAUUAUUAUGGAAAAUAAAGGUGGAAAUACAGCAUAUUCAGUUGAGAUUGUGGAAAAUUUGAUUACUUUUGGUGAUAUUUUCGGAACUAUGAAAGAUUUUGAAGAAAUUUGA